AUGCCGUUGACACUGGAGGCACCCGUCCUGCAAGUGGACGCAAACGUCAUCCACAAGGUCGACACAACAAAUCCGGCCAAUCUUUUCAGCAUGUGGACUGUCUUUGCAAGGUGUCGUGACUCAGUCGCUCAAGGACGGAGAUUGGAGAAUCUUAGCUGGCGACUGUGGAAUCGAGAAACGUUCUGCUGCGAGGGCGAGGAAAUGCUCACCUCACCAUGUGCUACCAGCCAGCCACAAGAUAUUCAUUACCUUCACAGCGCGGUUGCCGAGGAGCUGCCCCAACUGUCGGGUAGCGUUGACUCGGUCGCCGACGAGGAGGCAGUUGAUUUGAACUCAGAAACCACCCCGGUGGAUAUCAUGCGGCCGAGGAUACUGAGGCAAGACUCAUGCGCCAGCAGCCGCGGCCGGGGCCGGGAGCGCCACAUCACCUCGGACGAAUUGGAGAAAAUGGUUGUCUCCAUUAUGGAGGCCAAGACACCCCUCACUGCGCCACUGCCCGCUAUCCCUCGCUCCCCAGUCCAGGCGGAGAAGACAACAAUCGCUCCGACUCUUGACCGGUCUGGCUCGACAUCCUCCGAGUCGCCGUGUGAGAGCUCGCCCGACGCGACGCCCGAGUCGACCGCGUCACAGCACACCCCAGAACCCCUUGCGCAGUCGCGGACCAUCGUUACCCGGGGCUUUUCGCCCUCUCAGGUGCCACUGAGCCGUAUCACCUCGCCAGCCAACAAGAGGCCGUCGAUGUGCGCUAUUCCUGAGCCGACGGACGCCCCUGCCCCGAAGAUCAUCUUGCCGAAGAAGCAGCAGUCAAAAUUUCUUCUGGGUGGCUCUUCCGGAUCCGAUGAAGAAUCUUUCAAGAACAGGGACCUCGAGACGAGGAAAUCUGCCGCUCAACCGAAUCGCAGGAUGUUCGAGAUUGGAGGCUCGUCGGCAGACGAAUCCCCGGAGCAUGCCCCACAACUUCAGAAACCCGGACCCAACAACGGUCAGAAGAAGACUGCCUCGUUCAAUAACCAGCUUGUCACACAGACCUUCACGUCUUCGGCCAUCAGCGACACCGAGGAUGACUAUCUCGAUGAGAGUGCCAUUGACGACGACGACGAAGAGUGGGAGGAAGAGUCUGCCGAGGAGAGCGGCAGCUCAAUGGGCGAAGAGAAGAUCCACUUCAAGCGCGUCGAUUCUACUGCCAACCUCCCGUCCCGCCGGUCACUUAUUACACUCAUGAUUGAGAACAACAACCGCGCCCAGAAGUUGGGCAACAUCAAUUCACAGUCGACGUCGGCUCUUCCCCGCACCAGGCCCAACCUGAACGGUCCCUCAUUGAUGGCCUCGCCUAACGACUCGGAUGAUGCCCCAUUGAUGAUGAAGACGAAGGUCUAUGCGCGACCUUCGCAAAUGCCAGCCUACAAUGAACGGACGGGAUACCCACAGCCCAUCAAUGUCAACGCCACGGGCAUGCAGGGCCAGUGUGCGCUCUCGCCGCGUACCACACGGCGCAACAUGCUCGCCACCGAGUUGCCUGAGUCGCUGCGGCGGAACCUCCUUCGUGAGCGGUCACAACGGACCGUGACUCAGAACGCGGUCCUCAAGCGCAGGCACACGUCACAGGAUGUCGCCAACCUGAAGCAGUAUCCGGAGCCGCCGUACAUGAGGAAGAACAAGAAUGUCGACAAGGACGUCACCAACUGGGACCAAUACUUUCAGAACCCCUUUGCGCAACACCAGACCCAGGCCUGGUGA